AUGUUGAUAACGGCUGAAGAGUUGAUAAAUGAAAGUGUUGAUGAGAAGAGUGUGAUGACAUAUCUCGCACAAUUCCCACAAGCCACUUAUAAACCACCAAUGGGUAUCGUUCAAGGGUUUCAUCAAGAGGCAUUUGUCGGACAACCCUUCCAGUUCACAGUUCGUGCCACCAAUGAGAACGCUAAAUUAACCGAAGCACUGAUUCGUGAUCCAAAUGGCAAUUUGAUUGAGCCGAUCGUAUCGUAUGAUCAACCAAACCGAACGUACACCGUUCAAUACAUACCUCAUGUUACGGGUCCAUACCAGGUAGGUUAG